UGAUAAUAUUUGUUGUUGUGUUGCUAUUUAUUCUUCAUGCACCGUUCUGCACCGAAGCCCAUUGAGAAAAUACCAAGUUGUUUUAUUAUUUUAUACUUGCAUUUUAUUACUUUAAUGUAUUUUAUUAUUAUUUUGUAAAUAUACUUUUAGAUAGUGCGUUUGGAUAGCAUCAGGAGUCUCUGACUUGUAACAGACGGUGAUUAUCCAUUAGCCUAGGUUGUAAGCCAAAUUGUAUAUAUGUAUUGCGGUUUGCUCUUGAUUGAAUACAAGGAAAAAUUCCUCCAAUACUGCUUCGGAUUUAUUAUGGUAUCAGAGCAGGAUUUACGAACUCUACCAUAUUAAUUCUUCGAUCGACCCUCAAUGGCGAACGACGACUCGGCCAUGACGAACGGACCUAAACGAAGGAAAAUUAACGACCCGUGUUCUCCUUAUUAUGUUUCCAGUUCUAACUUCCUGGGGCAGAAUAUCUGUGGAACAGUACUCAAGGAAGACAACAAUUACCGGCAAUUGGCGACGGCGAUGACGAACUUCACGGCUGAACAGUGGCAGGGACUUCUAAAUUUUAUGAAAAAUUGACCUACAUACGAAGACACUGAUUGGAGCUGGUAGGCGACAAGGUGGAGUUUACUAUUUUCAUAGUGUGGAGCAGAUACGUGCAUACACCAUGACAGAGAAAGACACAAGGGAGCUGUGGCAUUCACGGUUAGGACAUCCAUCCACGCGAGUACUGAGUUCUGUUGUGGGGUUAAAUAAAUCCCUGUUUAAAAUAGACAUGAAUAAAACGUGUGAUGCAUGUAUGAGAGGAAAAAAGACCCGCGAUGUUUUUGAUAUUAAUAAUUCCAGAGCGGUAGAAGCAUUUGAGUUAAUACACUGUGAUGUGUGGGGCCCUUAUCGUGUUCCGUCCACCUGUGGUGCCCGAUAUUUUUUGACGAUUGUUGAUGAUUUUUCACGUGCUGUUUGGGUACAUUUAUUGCAAGCAAAAAGUGAAGUGUCAAAUGUACUUAAACAAUUUUUUGCCAUGGUGAAUCGUCAAUUUGGAAAAAAUGUGAAAAUUGUCAGAAGUGAUAAUGGCACCGAAUUCCAAUGUUUAAGAAAUUUUUUCUUGAACUCUGGGAUUCUUUUUCAGACCAGUUGUGUUUACACCCCACAACAAAAUGGAAGGGUGGAACGCAAGCAUAGACAUAUUCUUGACAUGGCGCGCACUCUCCGCUUUCAUGCCCAUUUACCUAUUCAUUUCUGGGGCGAGUGUGUGCUAACGGCGGGAUAUCUCAUUAACCGGCUUCCUACUCCUAUCUUGGAAAAUAAGAGCCCUUAUGAACUGUUGUAUCACAAACUUCCUAUGUAUGAUCACCUACGUGUCUUUGGGUGUUUGUGUUAUGCCCACUCCAAGGAUCAAUCGGGGGAUAAAUUUGCUGCUCGGGGACUUAAAUGUGUAUUCUUAGGCUAUGCAUAUUCUCAGAAGGGAUGGAAAGUAUAUGAUUUGGUAUCACACCGGCAUUUUGUUUCUCGUGAUAUCACUUUUGUUGAAAAUCAGUUUCCAUAUGCUCACUAUGAACGGCCAAGUAUCAGUCUGAAUAACGAGGUCCCACAUUAUGGGAAAAAUUCAAUUCUUGAUGCUGAGCAACUACUCUAUUCACCCCACAUUGAAGAUGAUAGAGAGCACUUUGAAACGACAGGUGGAAAUCCACUUCUGCCACCUAGUGUGUCCCAUGCAGAAGACUCGCAUAGUGCUAACACUAAUGCAGCCGUCUUUGAGAAUAAUACACCACAGGACACCGACGUGCACAAUGCUAAUAACGGCGAAGGUUCCUCUCCGGACACUUCACAUGCAACGGACACUGCAGGGGGGCAACUACGAAGGGGAGAACGGUCUCGACACAAACCAGUAUGGCAUAAAGAUUACGCCAUCCAGCUAAACACUAUGAAAAUGGAAACUUUGCCUUUCGCUCACUCCACUCCGACGGUUGACUCGGGUAAUCCUUAUCCCUUAUCUCAUUAUGUAAAUUAUAACCGUUUUUCGGUACGGCAUCGUGCUUUUAUUGCAGCUAUUUCAGCUUCCAAAGAACCAGGGACUUAUCGUGAGGCAGCCAGCGAUCCACAUUGGCGUGCAGCCAUGCAACAGGAAAUUGCUGCUUUGGAACGCACCGGGACUUGGACCUUGCAGGACCUGCCACCUGGGAAGAAACCUAUUUUUUGUAAAUGGGUUUACAAGAUCAAAUAUAAAAGUGAUGGGACCAUAGAUCGCUACAAGGCACGACUAGUGGUAUGUGGAAAUAAGCAGGUGCAAGGGAUUGACUACAAUGAGACAUUUGCUCCCGUUGCUAAGAUGGUUACCGUCCGUACCAUUUUAGCAAUUGCCGCUUCACGAGCAUGGGAAAUACAUCAGAUGGACGUUGACAAUGCUUUUUUGCACGGUGAUCUUAACGAAGAGGUUUAUAUGCACUUGCCGCCUGGUUAUACAGCAUCCACUCCUGGUAAGGUUUGUCGCCUACUUCGAUCACUUUAUGGUCUUCGUCAGGCGCCUCGGUGUUGGUUUUCAAAACUCACUACUGCACUAAUAUCUUAUGGUUUUAGCCAAUCUCAUGCUGAUUAUUCAUUAUUUACGUUAAAACGGGGCUCGCAUAUGCUUUGUGUGCUCGUGUAUGUCGAUGAUCUUUUAAUUACGGGUACUAGCAAGAGUAUGAUUUGUGCAUUUAAAACCCAUUUGGCUAAGACCUUUCCCAUUAAGGACCUUGUUCAUAUGAAAUACUUUCUUGGGCUCGAGGUUGCUCGCAACUCCACAGGUAUUUAUCUUUCACAGCGGAAGUAUGUUCUAGAUAUUCUUGCUGAGACAGGUUUAAUGGGGGCAAAACCUGUAACAUUUCCCAUGGUCCAGAAUCAUGGUCUCCAGUCGGCUAGCGGACCUCUUUAUUCUGAACCGGAUAGAUAUCGCCGUCUUGUUGGGAAACUCAUAUAUCUCACUCUCACACGACCAGACAUUUGUUACUCGAUACAUAUUCUUUCUCAAUUUAUGCACCAGCCGCGUCAAGUUCAUUGGGAUGCGGCUAUCAGAGUGUUACGCUACCUCAAAAGUCAUCCUGGCCAAGGAAUUCUAUUACGCAGUGACUCCCCACUUCUUCUCACUGGCUAUUGUGACUCUGAUUGGGCCAGUUGUCCGCUCACCCGCCGUUCUGUUACUGGUUAUUUUGUGAUGCUAGGUGGAUCUCCUAUCUCUUGGAGGACUAAGAAGCAGGUCACAGUAUCCCGAUCUUCGGCAGAGGCAGAAUAUCGUUCUAUGGCCACUCUUACGUGUGAGCUCCUAUGGCUCAAGGGACUUCUUUCUUCCCUCGGCAUAACCACUUCUACUCCUAUACGUUUAUUUUGUGAUAAUAAAGCUGCCAUUCAUAUUGCUUCCAAUCCUGUUUUUCAUGAGCGUACCAAACAUAUUGAGUUAGACUGUCACUUUAUUCGUGAUCAUGUUCAACGUGGGAUUGUUGCUCCCUCCUACACGUCCACUAAGGAUCAACUUGCGGAUAUUUUUACUAAAGCCUUGGGUGCACAGUCAUUUUCGCACUUACUUUCCAAGAUGGGCAUUCGUGACCUCCACGCUCCAUCUUGAGGGGGGGUGUUGUGUUGCUAUUUAUUCUUCAUGCACCGUUCUGCACCGAAGCCCAUUGAGAAAAUACCAAGUUGUUUUAUUAUUUUAUACUUGCAUUUUAUUACUUUAAUGUAUUUUAUUAUUAUUUUGUAAAUAUACUUUUAGAUAGUGCGUUUGGAUAGCAUCAGGAGUCUCUGACUUGUAACAGACGGUGAUUAUCCAUUAGCCUAGGUUGUAAGCCAAAUUGUAUAUAUGUAUUGCGGUUUGCUCUUGAUUGAAUACAAGGAAAAAUUCCUCCAA